GUGCGCAACGACCAGCGUCGUGCCCUCCGCCGAGGCGUCGAGCGAGGAGUGCGACUUCAUCGUCAUCAAGAAGUGGGCCUUCCGUCGGGUCGACGGCUUCCCAGCGGGCCAGGUCUGCGCGGCGCGCGACGGCGCCGCUGUGUUCAUCUGGAACGAUGGCGACAGGUGGAUGUGCAAUAACAUGAAGUGCAAGGACGCGCAGAAGCCGACGCAGAGGUCCGAUCGGACGCCGCCGGGGAAGACGAAGAACACCGGCGACGUGGGCAGCGGCCCCAAGGAGCCGAAGGGCAACGGCAAGGGCUCGGGCGGCGCUGGCGGCGGCGAUGGCGCCAAGGGCGACGACGCCAAGACGCUGAAGGGCGCGGGCGGCGCUGGCGAGGCCGAGGGCGCCAAGGGCGGCAAGGCCAGGAAGCGCAAGAGCAAGGGCGGCCCUGGCGACGGCGAGAGCGUCGACGGCGAGAAGGGCAUCGGCAAUGGCUCGGACGGCGCUGCUGUCGGCGACGGCGAGAAGGGCAUCGACGAGGGCUCGGACGGAGCUGGUGACGCCGACGGCGCGGGCCGCGGCCGCGGCCGCGGCCGCCGCGGCAGGGGCAGGGGCAAGAGCAACAGCAAGCAGGAGGCCCCCGAGGAGGAGAACGACGGCGAGAAGGCCAGCGGCAAGGGCGCCAGCAGCGCUGGCGCCCGCGGCCGCGGUGGCCGCGGCCGCGGCAGCGGCAACGGCAAGCAGGUGACCACCGCCGAGGGCGAGGGCGGCACGGGCAGCAACAAGGGCGCCCAGGGCGAGGACGAGGACGACAAGGGCAGCGGCGCGCAGCAGGACGCCGCGCAGGCCGUCGGCAAGUGGAACCCGAACCCCGACCCGCGGGAGGUGGUCCAGGCCGAGAUCGCGGAGGCGAAGGAGCUGUGCCAGGCGCUGGGCCGCUACAAG